CAAGAACGGCAACACCAUCUCAACAAAUUACAGUAUCUGAAGUAAACCGAGGGAAGAAGACGAUAAUGGAAGCGGCGAAAUCAUUGAAGGCGAACGGACAGAGCCAAAGGAUCGUGGUUGCUGUGGACGAGAGUGAAGAGAGUAUGUACGCCUUGGAAUGGUGUCUCUCAUAUCUCACUUCUCCAGACACCAAAAACACUCUGAUUCUCCUCUACGUUAAGCCUCCUCCCGCCAUCUCCAUCUCCUCCUUCGAUGCGCCUGGGUAUGUGUUUUCGAGCGAGGUGAUUUCAGCGAUGGAAAAGCAGAGCAGGGAUUUGGUUAAUUCGGUGAUGAAGAGAGCGGAAGCGGUUUAUGCGAAGUUUAGUACCAACGUAAAUUUGGAGAGAGUAGUGGGGAGGGGAGAUGCGAAGAACGUAAUAUGUCACACAGUGGAGAAGCUUGGAGCCGAUACCUUGGUAAUGGGAUGCCAUGGUUAUGGCUUCUUCCAGAGGGCGUUGCUUGGGAGCGUGAGCGAUUAUUGUGCGAAAUAUGCAAAAUGUCCCGUGGUUAUUGUGAAGCAUCCUUAAGAUUUCAAAUAAACAAAUUAAUUAAAGGCUCAAUAAAGUUCGAUUUUCCAAACCUAUAAUUAUUUGUACUAAAAAAAAUUAAUUAAAGGACUUAAUUUAGAUGUAUUAUUUUAUGAUAUAUAAAUAUCUUAAUGGAAGUUAGGGGUGAUGUCACUUUAAGAGGUUGUUUGUGGCACUAAAUUGAGAUAGGAUGUCUGAAGUAUAUCUGUGGAGUUCAUAUGUUUAUAUUUGAGGUACAGGGUUAUUUAGUCUAAAUUAAUGUCUUUGUUUGAGAUGUAGAAUUGAGUUCAUAAUUUAUGGUAUCUGAUGUAAUUUUUUGAACUCUAAAUAAUUUGCUUUAUGAUUAUUAUUUUUGUUUUGACAA